AUGUUUCACGUGCGAGGUCUCGCGCGCUCGUCGAUCGCCCUGAAGCAGGCACCGUGUAACGAUGUUCUGCGAGGCAUGUUGGCGCGUGUUGUACCGGCUGCCAUGCAGGCAAACUCCCGUGGAUACGCCGACCAUCAGGUCCCGGAACGGCUCAAGGACGUGCCGACGGCGCCGAAUCCCAAGUUCUUCGACAUGGUGGAGUACUUCUUCCAUCGCGCUUGCCAGAUCGUCGAGGAGAAGCUGGUCGAGGAUGUCGGCAAGCGGUCACGGCUGUCCGUGGAGGAGCGCAAGAAAAAGGUCAAGGGUAUUUUGAUGCUGAUGGAACCGUGCGAUCACAUCCUCGAGACCACGUUCCCGCUGAGACGCGAUUCUGGCGAUUAUGAGAUGAUCACCGGCUAUCGUGCUCAGCAUUCUACUCAUCGAACACCGUGCAAAGGAGGUAUCCGCUUCUCAAUGGAUGUCUCGCGAGACGAAGUUAAGGCUUUAUCAGCUUUAAUGACAUUCAAAUGUGCAUGCGUCGACGUGCCCUUCGGAGGUGCGAAAGCGGGUAUUAAGAUCAAUCCUAAGAAUUACUCCGAACACGAGUUGGAGAAAAUCACCAGGAGAUUCACGUUGGAAUUGGCGAAGAAGGGUUUCAUCGGACCUGGCGUCGAUGUUCCCGCGCCUGACAUGGGCACCGGUGAACGAGAGAUGUCCUGGAUAGCCGACACCUAUGCGAAGACUAUCGGCCAUCUCGACAUUAACGCUCACGCUUGUGUCACCGGUAAACCUAUAAAUCAGGGUGGUAUUCACGGUCGUAUCUCUGCGACAGGGCGUGGAGUAUUCCACGGCUUGGAGAACUUCAUCAAUGAGGCUAAUUACAUGAGCAUGAUUGGUACCACGCCAGGCUGGGGAGGCAAGACGUUCAUUGUGCAAGGUUUCGGUAACGUAGGUCUGCAUUCCAUGCGUUACUUACACCGCGCCGGUGCCGCUUGCAUCGGUGUAAUCGAACACGAUGGGUCCAUUUACAACUCGGAAGGCAUCGAUCCGAAGGAAUUGGAAGAGUAUCGCAUAGAAAACGGCACUAUUGUCGGCUUUCCCGGGGCUAAGCCGUACGAGGGCGAGAAUCUUAUGUACGAACCAUGUGAUAUAUUUAUACCUGCUGCCAUAGAGAAAGUAAUUACCAAAGAGAACGCCGGACGUAUCCAAGCAAAGAUCAUCGCGGAGGCUGCUAACGGACCGACCACUCCCGCUGCGGAUAAGAUCUUAAUCGACAGGAAUAUACUCGUGAUUCCAGACCUGUACAUUAACGCCGGCGGUGUUACGGUCUCGUUCUUCGAGUGGCUCAAAAACUUGAAUCACGUGUCGUACGGCCGUCUGACUUUCAAGUACGAGAGAGAAUCUAAUUAUCACCUCUUAGAAUCGGUGCAGGAAUCUUUGGAGCGCAGGUUCGGUCGCGUCGGUGGCCGUAUUCCUGUUACGCCGUCUGAAGCCUUCCAGAAACGUAUUUCCGGUGCUUCCGAAAAGGACAUCGUCCACUCCGGUUUGGAUUAUACGAUGGAAAGAUCCGCCAGGGCCAUUAUGAAGACUGCCAUGAAAUUCAACCUUGGUCUCGAUCUGAGGACGGCCGCUUACGCAAACUCGAUCGAGAAGAUAUUCACCACUUACUCGGAAGCUGGUCUCGCUUUCUAAGUAUUAGUCAUAAUAAAAUGAAACGCAGCGAAUAAUAAAGAAGGCCCCGAGAACAGAGUCAGUUUUACCGUAUGACUGCAAGAAGUGACUCCGUAUCGCUCAAGGGACAACUCAAGGAACAGCUGUUGAUCGCGACGAGCCGCUGCGACGAACACUGUGACUUGUAGACUCGUUUACGAAACUACUGAAUACAUUUCGCCCGAUAAAGUUAAGGGCCCAUCAAACGGUCAAACCAUUGUGAGCCACCGCUUACGCGGUGGGCUCGUCGGUGUGGUAAUCGGUUGUGACAAAAUACAUGAAUAUGAUAAAUAUAUUGGCUCUUUGUUUUUGUUGCAUUAUUAUGUGAGAUAAAAAUAUAAUAAAUGCACCUGGGUCUUUCUCUGAAUCCUCGGUCAGCUGACCGUCAGCUCACUUCAUUCAGUCGAACGUCGGAUAUCUCGCAUGUAUUGUCAUGUUGGCUGUGGUAACAAAUUACCGCCCAGACUCGUGAAUAAUGAGUUUCUCUUUUACGCGCGCGCUCUCCCAAUUUCAUCUUCGGUCGAGAAAAGUACGUUUCGCAAACGAGUGUACAUUUAUCAUUCGUCACGUUCUCUGCAUCGUAUAUAGCAAUUUGCCUAGUACAUACACAUAUAUAGAAGAUUGGUGUAAAAAAAAAAAUUGGAUAUAUAUCACGUUACGCGUUACGCGAAAUCGUUGAAGAGACACUAUGAUGAUGAGCGUUGGAGAGGAGGAAGACACAUCGACCUCUGUGUCGGCAAGAACAGAUUAUUGAACAGUCGGAUACAAGACCAGUGCAUUUUUAUAUUUCACUUUUUAUGCAUAUAUCGUUAUAAUAUACAUACAUAUAUAAGAUCGCGACACGGUCGAGUCGGACAGCUAUUUGUAAUCCGCCAUUUUUUCUCGAAUGUACAACAGUGUAACGACAACGUACGAUAUUCUAUCGUCGAUCGCGCCAACACAAAUUGAAAGUAUUCGCGAAUGUUAUAAUCUCGCUACGAGAGAUCAUUGUUAUUAAAGUAAGAUGAGAAGAGCAGCGAUGUAACACAAUAGCAAUAUGGUAUAAUUCGAACGUUAUAAGACGCACGUGUAAGAGAUCCUGUUGCGGAAAAAGUAUAAAGGACACGCCAAGAUGUACUCAAUUUCGAAACAGCUUGCGAUUCGUGUGUACGCCAUCGAGACGCCAUCUUGUCAACGAUAUUUGACAGACGUUUAACAGACUAUUUAAAAACGGGUGUGCCAUUGUUUCGAUUGCAUUUUAAAUCAUGAAAAUAAAUCAACCGAUGGGGUUAUGACUGCAGCACA